AUGAUGCCAGACGGGAAGCUGGGGCUGAUCGACUACGGGGCCUGCAUGAGGCUCACAGAGGAACAGCGCUCCAACAUUGCGCAUUUGCUAAUCGCCAUUGCUGAUGAAGACGAUGAAGCGGUGCGCUCCUGGUUGAUCAGACUGUCCAAUGGGCACGUUUGUGGCGCAGCGGCCUUCUGGGGUCCCAAAUGGGAAACACCUGCAGUGCUUGCUAUGAAGCUUGACAACGAUCAUGCUCAGAAAGGUUUCAAGCGUAGCUUCGGAGACCCACUGGAUCCUGAUGAAGUGACUUGGCUGGACUUGAACCUGCAAUUGCCACAUUUCACGAACAGACUACCAGCUGGAACGGUUGGUGAUGGACGGCUUUCCACCAAAAGCGGCUUCAUUUUGGGUAGGUUCACGGCGCCUGAUCUUUCCACAGGGUCUGAGAAGGAGGACAAGGAGGUGGAUGUGUUCUUCAGAAAAGCACCCUUGGGCUUUCGAAUGGCUCAUAAGCAAGCGCCACUUAAGGUGGCCAACAUCAACGACAAAGGCUGCGUAGUGGAGGAUAAGUUGGAUGUUCGACCGGGAUGGAUUCUCAAAGCAGUGAAUGGCAACUCGCUGACAAAUUGCCACCAAAAGGUGGGAGCUCAGAUUGUCAAGGAUGCCAUCAAGGACAGAACUGCACCGUUCGGCAGUCACUGA